AUGUCGCAAACGGAUAAAGACGCUGGUGUGCCGCUCGAGGUCAAACCUCAUCCUCCACCCAUCAAACGGACUUCGUCGCCUACAACCAUGUCCCAUCCAGCCUUCGCCGCUGCAUAUAUCAAUGCUCCUCCACAGCAAUAUGCUCAAUAUGUGUCCUCUCCGACAUACACUGCGACAACCUAUCCAACAACGUCCGAGCAUUGGCAGCGUUCACCUCAACAAUACGCCAACAUGCCCACAAAUCAAUAUUAUACCACCUCACUCCAAAUGGGUCCGCCAGAGAUUGCAAACGGCGCAUAUGUAGCGCAAUACAGUCAAUGGAUGCCUCCACCAUCAAUUUAG